AUUUAUAAGCAGCCUGCCUCCUUUAUUUUUGAGCUUUCUUUUUAGGGGGCACGGGGAUGCCCCAGAGAUGCACCACUUUGCAGUGUGAAGAGGAAGGAGGAAGCUGGCCAUUGAGAAAAAUAUAAUGCCUCAAUACUCUUCCGUUUGAUCUUCAAAGGGCUUUAAGGGACUAACGCUAAGGAGGACUCAAAAAGCUCGUAGGGGAGUGUUUUCUGGAGACAUGGUGGAACCUGUUGGCAACCAGUAUGUUGUGGCUCGGCCAUUGUACUCAGACCUGGCAUUUGAUGAAGAGCAUCAGAAAGUGCCCAGAUACCAUAAAAACUUUGUGGACCAUCUCAGAGCAUGCUUUAGCUGCACUCCACAAAAAGCAAAGAAAGUAGCUCUUAAUUUGUUUCCUGUCAUCUCCUGGCUACCUGCCUACCGCUUCAAGGACUGGAUUCUCAGCGACAUUGUUUCGGGAAUUAGCACGGGGCUCGUAGCUGUUCUACAAGGUCUGGCAUUUGCUUUGCUGGUAAAUAUUCCUCCAGGCUACGGACUCUAUGCAGCCUUUUUCCCAGUGAUUAUAUACUUUUUCUUUGGCUCUUCCAGACAUAUAUCAGUUGGUCCUUUUCCUGUCCUGAGCUUGAUGGUAGGAGGUGCCGUUAUAAGAAUAGUCCCAGACCCAGUGGGUAACAGCACACUAGCAAACAGUACGUUGAUGGAUGAGAUCAAUCAGAAGAGGGUCGUGGUGGCUGCAUCAGUGACUGUGCUUGCGGGCAUCUUUCAGCUGCUGUUGGGUGUGCUGAGAGUCGGCUUCAUUGUUAUUUAUUUAUCCCAAUCGUUAAUAAGCGGAUUCACUACAGCUGCAGCCAUCCAUGUUGUCGUGUCCCAACUGAAAUUCAUCUUUCAGCUGACAGUUCCUGGAUAUAAUGUACCUUUGGGAAUUAUAUGGACGCUGAAAGGUAUAUUCGAGCAGAUUACAAAAACGAACAUUGCAGACCUUGUCACUGCGCUGAUCAUCUUGGUCAUCGUGUUUGUGGUGAAAGAAUUGAAUGAACGUUACAAAACCAAGCUCCCAGCACCUAUCCCCAUUGAACUCAUUGUGACUGUCAUCGCAACUGGGCUAUCCUAUGGUUGUGAUUUCAAAGGGAAAUUCCAGGUAGACACUGUUGGAAAGCUUGAAAGGGGGUUUCAGGCUCCUUUUUCACCAGAUAUAAGUAUCUUUGAAAGCUGUGUGGGUGACGGUUUCGCUAUUGCGAUUGUUGGCUUUGCUGUGGCCUUUUCAGUGGCGAAGGUAUAUUCCAUAAAGCAUGAUUACCCCAUUGAUGCUAACCAGGAAUUAAUCGCCUUUGGAAUAGGCAAUGUCUUUGGCGGUGCGUUCAAAGGAUUUGCCGCAAGCACUUCGCUGUCCAGGUCGGGGGUCCAGGAAAGCACAGGAGGCAAAACACAGAUUGCUGGACUCCUCUCAGCUGUCAUUGUCUUGAUUGUCAUCUUGGCCAUAGGUCAUCUUUUGGAACCAUUGCAGAAGUCAGUCCUCGCAGCUUUGGCUCUGGGCAAUUUAAAGGGAAUGCUGAUGCAGUUCAAGGAGAUCAAGAUUUUGUGGGGCAAGGACAAAUACGACUGCCUUAUCUGGAUCGUGAGCUUCCUUGCUGGCAUCUUACUGGGUCUGGAUCUUGGGUUGGCAGCUGGAGUAGGAUUCGAACUCCUCACUGUUAUAUUCCGUGCACAAUUUCCAAAAUGCACAGUUUUGGCAAAUGUUGGAAGAAGUGACAUCUACAGAAACAGGAAGGAUUAUAGAGAUAUAUAUGAGCCAGAGGGAGUGAAAAUUUUCAGGUGCCCAUCCCCAAUCUUCUUUGCUAAUAUUGAAUUCUUCAAGGACAAAUUGACUGCAGCGGUUGGGUUUAAGCCACUGAGGGUGCUACGCAAGCGCAACAAAGCUCUGAGGAAAAUCAGGAGGAUGCUGAAGAAAGGAGAGCUUCAAGUCACACCUAAAGGCUUGAUUUGCACUGUUAAUGGCAUAAGCGACUCCGACGAAGAGCUGGACAACAACAGCAUUGAAGAACUGGACCAGCCCACAGAUACCAGAGACUUGCCAGUUCAGAUAGACUGGAACUCAGACCUUCCUCCCAACAUCAUAGUUCCGAAAAUCGACACACACAGCGUCAUCCUAGAUUUUUCGGCAGUGUCGUUUCUUGACGUUUCUGCUUUGAGAGUCCUUGGAGAGACUUUGAAAGAAUUUGUCCGGAUUGAUGUGGAUGUGUAUAUUGUGGGAGCACAUGAUGGCGUUCUGGAUAAACUGGAAAGAUGUGGAUUUUUUGAUGAGGAAAUUAAGCCGUCCAUGUUUUUCCUCACCAUCCAUGAUGCAGUUUUAUAUAUAUUGCUAAAAAAGGACCUUGAGCUCAGCGCACCAAAGUACAAACCCAAUAUGGAAAAAGAAGGCAAGGAUCAUUAUAUAAUCAAUACAAAUGGACUACGCAGUCGGGAGCUCAUGGCACCAUCAGAAACAAAAUUCUAAUUGUCACACCCACUGACGAGCAGGAAACCGAAUGAUGGGAGUAUAAAACCGCUGGAAAACCAUCUAGGCAUUGUCACUGUUGGGGAACCAGUUCAAUCUUGGGGGAAACCGCUUUAUACCAUGGGUGUGUAUCUAUAUGCCAAUAUUAAUUCUGAUUUGACUCUUCCCAUGCUUGGGCUAAUUGUAACCAGAACUGUACCACUGAGAUACAAGAGAGACAUACCGGCUGGCAAAGGACACACAGGUACAAAAAGUCUGAUGGCUAAGGGGCACAGAAAGUUGAGAGGGGGGAACUUAGUUAGUCAGGUGGCUGGAAGAGGAAGACAGAAAAACACGGGGUAGAAAGAACCACCUCAUUGUCUGCAAGUGCUAUUUUUCUAGAAAAAUGAGGUGCCGGAAAUCACCAUGAACACCUUCCUUGUUCUCUUAUCAUGGCAACAGCGCCCAUCUGAGAUAUGCUGGAACUGAGUUCUGGCGAGUUCUGGCUGAAAAACUAGGUGACUUCCUAGUUCACACUGGUAAUAUAUUUUUCAGUGGCCCAGUGGACAGAAGAGAAAGUUACACAUAUAAAUCAAUGGAGAAAAAUUUAAAAAUCAACGUAGCUAGGAUUGAGCAGCGGUACAUUCAACCCAACCCACCCCACAACAAAACCCCACCCCAUGCAGGGGAAAGAGAUGGGAGGGGAAAAAAAUACUUGAAACAGGGAAACAGGGCAUGGAUUGGGGGGGGGGGUUACAAUAACCAAGGCUGUGUGUUUGUGUGAAUGGAGUAAUGUAGCUGGAACCCUGAACAGAAGCACUCCUCAUUACAACAUUUUGUAUAUGUAUACUAUAAAAAAAAUAUGCCGCCCUUGCAAAUGUAUAAAAUGAAAAAGUGGAAGUUUGAUAUUAUAAAAUACUUAAUUGUCAAUCUACCAUCUCAAAAGUUCAAUAUCAAUUCAGCAUCAGCUCAUAGAACAUGUAUAUUUGUAAAUAAUUCAAAGAUAAAUUGUACAGUCACAAGUGUAAAAUUGUUUUAUAUGACAGUUCAAAAUAUUUUCCAUUUUAUACUGUCUUACGUUUUAUCUUGUAUUAUGACCUGCAUAAAGUUGUUUUUUUUAAGGCUU